ACCCCCCCAGGCUUUGGUCUUAUUUGUGUAUUUUGCAUGAUUUCAAGGAGGUGCCAGAGAAAAGCUCUCUUGUUUUCCUCGGACUAGCGUUCCCUGUUCAAGUAAAAGAAACAUAUUCUUGGAGCUUCAUUGACAAAGGAAGACAAGAGACCGUUCUAAAAUGGAAAAGGGGGCUGAGAACAGCUUGUACAACCUGUAUGAGGAGAAGGUGCGCCCCUGCAUCGACCUCAUCGACUCCCUGCGGGCCCUGGGCGUGGAUAAGGACCUGCCGCUGCCCGCCAUCGCGGUCAUCGGGGACCAGAGCUCCGGCAAGAGCUCGGUGCUGGAGGCGCUGUCGGGCAUCGCCCUGCCCAGGGGCAGCGGCAUUGUGACGAGAUGCCCUCUGGUGCUGAAACUGAAAAAACUGGUGCACGAAGAGCAGUGGAGAGGGAAGAUCAGUUACCGGGACUCUGAGAUCGAACUUUUAUUCCCUUCCGAGGUGGAGCAGGAAGUCAGAAAAGCCCAGGACAUGGUCGCCGGGGAAGGGACGGGGAUCAGUCAAGAGCUCAUUAAUCUGGAGAUCAGCUCCUCAGAUGUCCCGGAUCUGACCUUGAUUGACCUUCCUGGCAUAACUAGGGUGGCUGUGGGCAAUCAGCCAGCUGACAUUGGACGACAGAUCAAAUCCCUCAUUAGGAAGUACAUCAACCAGCAGGAAACAAUCAAUUUGGUGGUGGUGCCCUGUAACGUGGACAUUGCUACCACGGAGGCCCUCAGCAUGGCUCAGGAGGUGGAUCCUGAUGGAGACAGGACCAUAGGCAUCUUGACCAAGCCUGACCUGGUGGACAGAGGCACAGAAGACAAGGUGGUGGACGUGGUGCACAACCUCAUCUGCAGCCUGAAGAAGGGCUACAUGAUCGUCAAGUGCCGGGGCCAGCAGGACAUCCAGGAUGGGCUGAGCCUGGCUGAGGCGCUGGAGAAAGAGAAGGAAUUCUUUGAGGACCAUGACCACUUUAGGGUCCUUCUGGAGGAGGGCAAGGCCACGGUUCCGUGUCUGGCAGAGAAACUUAGCACUGAACUCAUCACACAUAUCUGUAAUUCUCUGCCCAUCUUAGAGAGUCAAAUAAAGACGCGCCACCAGGCGAUAACAGAUGAGUUGCAAAAGUACGGGGUCGACAUCCCACAGGACGAGAACGAGAAAAUGCUUUUUCUGAUAGAUAAAAUCAAUGCAUUUAACCAGGACAUCCAUGCUUUAGUUGAAGGAGAAGAGUCAGUAGGAAAGGAUAACGCUCGGCUGUUUACCAGAAUCCGACGUGAGUUCACCACAUGGGGUACGAAAAUUGAUGCUAAUUUUCAGGAAGGUUAUAAGGCCAUGUGCGAUGAGAUAUGGAGAUUUGAAAAUCAGUAUCGGGGUAGAGAGCUGCCGGGCUUUGUGAAUUAUCGGACAUUUGAGACGAUCGUAAAGCAACAAAUCAAGAAACUGCAAGACCCAGCACUGGACAUGCUUCACAAAGUGACUGAUAUGGUCCGGGAUGCCUUCACAGAGACGUCAGUGAAAAAUUUUGAUGAAUAUUUCAACCUGCACAGAACAGCCAAGUCCAAAAUAGAAGACAUUAAAUUAGAACAAGAGAAGGAAGCUGAGAAGCUGAUCCGACUGCACUUCCAAAUGGAGCAGAUCGUCUACUGCCCGGACAAGGUGUACAGUGGCUCUCUGCAGAAGAUCCGGGAGAAGGAGUCGGAGGAGGGGAAGAAGAAAGGGGCACAGUGGCCGGACACCCAGCAGAACGUGGACUUCUUCAAACUGGAGAUCACGCAGCACCUGCUUGCCUACCACGAGGAGUCCAGCAACCGCAUCUCCAGCCACAUCCCUCUGGUCAUCCAGUUCUUCGUCCUGCAGAUGUACAGGGAGCAGCUGCAGAAGGGCAUGCUGCAGCUGCUACAGAACAAGGACACCUACAGCUGGCUCCUGCAGGAGCGCAGCGACACCAGCGACAGGAGGAAGAUUCUGAAGGAGCGGCUGGCCAGGCUGACCCAGGCGAAGCGGCGCCUGGCCAAGUUCCCGGGCUAAAGUAGCCUCUGCAGGCACAGCACCCUUCCCUGCACGGUGACUCCCCAGGCCACCCGCCAUUCCUCCAGGAGCACCAGGCAAGCAGCAGAGAGCGGCAGUUUGAGUUUCAGCCUUUAAGCCAGAGCCCGCCCUUGUACAGCCUGUGGUCCAGGCUGGGUGAAUGAUGGCAUGGUCCAGACUGGGAAGAUCUCACACUAACCUCUCCUCAGCAGGAGGAGUUCAUGCUAACAUGAUGCUUUCCUGGUUUCUGCUCUGCCCUUUCCACCCCCCAGGAUUUUAGUAUCAUUAGUGUCUUGUGUGUGCCUGCCCCCACAAGCCUUGUUUUAUUAGUUUAUAAUAAUACUUAUCUUUUCAUCAGA